AUGUCAUAAGUCCACAAACGUCUAAUAUCAAUUUGUUUUUGCUGUUUAAACACGUCAUUGUUUGUAUUGUGAAAUAUUUGUAAUUAUAGAGUCGAGGUCGAGUUCAGAUUUUGCAUUUCGUGAAUCACUAAAAAUGGAUAGUGUGGUUUCAGAAGAACCAAUGACGAUGUUUAACCCAAUUACAUUUGUUCUGCGGUUUCUAGCAUCAUAUGGAUGGUACUUAGUGGGAGCUUCAGCGGCCAUGCUGUAUGCAGCUCACAAGCUCAGUCCUCGCAUCGAACGAUGGCGACAGGCGAGGGAAGAUGCUGCAUAUCAUAAAGACCCGGAUGUAGCGCUGGCACGGAUGGCUGCCAUACAAGAGGCGCGGGAGAGACAGCAGAGGCUGCUGGAGGAGGCCUCCGCUAGAGCACUCAGAGAACAGAAGGAGCGUGAGGAGCGCAAGAGAGCGGAGAUGGCAGAAAGGCUGAAGAAGUUAGAGGAAAAUGGUGGACACAGGCUGGGUGCUGGUGCUGGAGAUGACUACCUGCCGCUGAGUGGCGGCGCCUCCACCUCCUCGUACCGCCCGCCAAAGCGCUCCGCAUGCUCACGCGGCGGCUGCGGGGGGUGAACACCACACCUCACCCUCACCACACACACACCCACACCCCUCUCCCCUCAUACACAUAAACCCAGUGAAUACACUCGAACCUGGACAAGCGAGGAUCUAAGGGACCUCGAUAUUUUUCAUGCUUAGGUUCUUCUUUAUCCCGAGUUUAUCUUAUAUAGAGGUUAUAUUACGGGAUCAAGACAAUAACUCUCACUUAUAGAGGUUUCUCCCUCAUCCAGGUUCCACUGUAUAUCAUAUAUAUUGUAUUAAUAACACAAACUUUGAUAGUCACAAAAGUAAACCUUCCUACAUACAACAAACUAAUAAAUCUUUUAUUUAAAGAAGUUAUAUCUAACACUGAUUAUGUCAAAUAUAUUCAACUUGUCAAAUGUUUUUGAUUAAUUAUUAAAAAAAAUGGAAAUUAGAUAAAAAUCAGGAAUAUCUCCUGAUGUAAAAAUAACUAAAAUAUUUAAGAAAUAUUAAAUGUUACUUACAUUGCUCAUAAAUUUAACUAUUUUAUU